CUCGCACCGCUCCUAGAGCGCGCUGUCACAGAGUUAGCGACCUGAACGGAAGACUCGCUCCGCGCACGCCUGCUGUCCCGCUCUUGCUCAGCUCCCGGGAGCCUAGGCCCGCGAAAGUUCCGGCCUCGCGGCAGGCAAUAGCCCCGCCCCCUCGCCGUCCACGCCCUCGCCCUGCUGGUUGGGGGCGGGGCGAGGAACGGCGCAAGCGCCGUGACAUGCGCCUGGGCUGUUGCUUUGGGGAUCUCUUGGUGGUCUCUUAGCCCGACCCUGGUUCCCGCACGUCGUUCAGCUAGUCGGCUAGCCGAGCUCUGCGUCUUUCUCCACUUGCAAGUGUUUGCGGAUGCGGUCCUCCUGCUGAGGAUUUCACCCUACAGUCACGUCUUUGGAGCUAUGGCUGUCGCCUUUCUGCAGCGCCAGGCUCUGCCCGGCCCUCAAAAUUAAAUUUAGAACUCUUCUGUGCAAUGCGGUUGGGGAAAACAACCUGCUUGCGGAGGUUUUAGACGUUGGCCUGCAGAAGAUGCACUUUCUCUACGUCUCUAUGGGUAGCAGGAAGUCAUUAUGUGACUAAUACGUUUUCAGCAGAUUUCCUCUGAUUUACCCUGAAGUGUAUGUGAGGAUGAUGUGCACUGCCAAGAAAUGUGGAAUUAGGUUCCAGCCUCCGGCUAUUAUCUUAAUCUAUGAGAAUGAAAUGAAGGGGAAAAGUCGCCAGCGCAUUAUGCCAGUCCGAAACUUUUCCAAGUUUUCAGAUUGCAGCAGAGCUGCUGAACAAUUAAAAAAUAAUCCACGACAUAAGGAUUACCUGGAACAAGUAUCCAUGAGGCAGCUAGAGAAGUUAUUCAGUUUUUUACGAGGUUACUUGUGGGGACAGAGUUUGGCAGAAACAAUGGAGCAAAUUCAACGGGAAACAACCAUUGAUCCUGAGGAAGACCUGAACAAACUAGAUGACAAGGAACUUGCCAAAAGGAAGAGCAUCAUGGAUGAACUUUUUGAGAAAAAUCAGAAGAAGAAGGACGACCCAAAUUUUGUUUAUGACAUUGAAGUGGAGUUCCCACAGGAUGAACAACUACAGUCCUGUGGCUGGGACACAGAGUCAGCUGAUGAAUUCUGAUACCCCAAACUAGAAAUAAUAAUAAUAAUGACAAUUGGGUAGCAGAAAAUCCAUAUUUAUACAAAGAACAUAGAUUGGGUUUAGAAAAAUCUGUAGAGAACACUAUCCCUAUUGGGUUAUGUUUUGAUUGGCCAAGUUACUCUUCAAAACCAAGAUAUGCAGAACAUCUACUAUGUAGGUGCAUGUGGAAGAUAGAAAAAAACCAGAAUAUAGGACUCUGCCUUGAAGGAGCUUACAAUCUAAUUGGAAGUUAAAACCUUGUGAAAAGCUAAUUAUUGGUACUGGGCAGCAAAAAUAUUACAUCCAAGUGCUUGGUAAAGGCUAGAGAGGGUCAGAACCUAGACUAUUAAAGGGUAGAACAGCCAGGGAAGACUUUGUCCUUUAGGGGUAAGGUGGCACUUUGCCUGGCCUUGAAAUGGCAGCAUUGGGUAGAAGCUUAUAUAGGAUUCUAUAGAUUAUAUAGAUUAGAGAAACCGGGAGGGAAAAAAAGGGGGGGAGAAGGGGGAUCAGUAAAGAGAUAGGAAUUAGAACAUUUUAUUUGAGGAGCAGUAAGGAAAUUAUAGUUUGAUAUGAUCGGAGGGUAUAUAUGGUUAUCAGGGUAUUAUCCUGUCUGCAUUGCUUCUAUAUGUGUUUAACUCGAGUAGAAGAGUACCCUGCAGAAUGCCAUGCACUUGCAAGUGGACGUAAUUGGAUGGACAGCAGGGGAGUUCUUCCCCCUCAGUAUCAGGAAAUAUAUGCUAAAGACAUCCUGAAACCCUGGACCUUUUCCCAUAAAUAAGAGGUUUGUUUGUAAAAUGGAAAAUCUACCUGUAACAAAUAAACAUAGGUACUGCCAGCUUAGCCCUAUUCAUGAGUUUGUAACUACAAAAGAUCUUUGUUGAACAAGGUUAUAUAUGUACAAAUAUGUCUUUCUUCAUAAAAGAAUAUUAUUUAGGAG